AUGGCUUACGAUGACAUUUUACAACAUCUAGGUGGCUUUGGGCGGUACCAACGGCGGAUCUAUGUGUUGCUAUGCCUACCGGCGAUUAGCUGUGCGUUUCAUAAACUGGCCGGCGUUUUCCUGCUGGCCGCCCCAGACUACCGGUGUCGGUUGCCGUACGAGCUGGAAAAUGCGUCCUAUGCAAUGCCCCCGGAACGGCUCACCAUGGCCUACCCGAUCGAUACGCUGACGAAGAAAUACUCCACGUGCAACUAUCUCGAUGCGAACUUCACCGAAGACUACUGGACUGGAGGCAUCCCGGCUGGCGGUGUGCGGCCUUGCGAUCACUGGGUGUAUGAUCGCAGCAAGUUCGAAAGCAGCACCGUCACCGACUGGGACAUGGUAUGCGACCGGAACUGGCUCCGUGCGUCUGCCGACUCACUGUUCAUGGUGGGCGUCAUGUUGGGCAGCAUUGGGUUUGGCUACCUCUCGGACAAGUACGGCCGGAAGCCCAUCUUUUUCGCAUCGCUCGUGCUACAGGUUGUUUUCGGCGUGCUGGCCGGCGUAGCGCCCGAGUUUUUCACCUAUACGCUCGCCCGAAUGGUGGUCGGUGCCACUACUUCCGGCGUGUUUCUCGUCGCGUACGUCAUAGCGAUGGAGAUGGUCGGGCCGAACGAUCGUCUGUACGCCGGUGUCGUUUGUAUGAUGUUCUUCUCGGUGGGAUACAUGCUGACGGCUGGUUUCGCUUACUUCAUCCACGGUUGGCGCAUGCUGCAAAUCGCCCUUACGCUGCCCGGUAUCCUGUUUCUGUGCUACUGGUGGUUCGUCCCCGAAUCGGCCCGUUGGCUGCUUUCGAACGGGCGUCCAACGGAGGCAAUCAAGCUGAUACUGAAGGCAGCCGACUGCAACAAGCUGACCGUACCACAGGAUGCGCUGGACAAGUUAGUAGAGGAGGACAAGAGCCAGCAGCAGCAGGAGAACGCAAACGAACCGAAACCUUCGCUGCUGGACAUAUUCAAGUACCCGAAUCUGCGCCAAAAGGCCCUACUUAUCUUUUUCGAUUGGUUCGUAAACAGCCUCACCUACUACGGGCUGUCCUGGAAUACGAACAAUCUUGGCGGCAACCCAUUGCUCAACUUCGUCAUCAGUGGCGCGGUGGAGAUUCCGGCCUAUUCGUUUUUGCUCGUGACCCUCAAUCGCUGGGGCCGUCGGACCAUUCUGUGCGGAUGUAUGAUAUUUGCCGGCACGAUGCUGCUCUUGACGAUGAUCGUUCCAGCUUCCGAACAGUGGCUCAUCGUGGUGCUGGCAAUGCUCGGCAAGAUGGCCAUCACUUCCAGCUACGGCACGGUUUAUGUCUUCUCCGCCGAGCAGUUCCCGACCGUCAUUCGCAAUGUGGCGCUGGGCGCGGCAUCGACGAGUGCCCGCGUUGGUGGUAUAUUGGCACCGUACUUCAACCUGCUCGGCGACUAUUGGCAACCGCUGCCAUUGCUCAUCUUCGGUGCACUAGCGUUUAUCGGCGGUGUACUGUCGCUGUUAUUGCCGGAAACGCACAACCAAAAGCUACCGGAAACGAUUGCGGACGGCGAGAACUUUGGCAAGCGGAAAACGAUACCCGGUGGUGAUGGUGGUGGCGAUGCAGAUCGUGAUAUCGAACGUACCGCGGAAGAGAUGCAAGUGUUGAGCAAACCAGGCCCGUCCGGGGAACCGGAUGAACUCGUCGGUACUGAGGAGGACAGGGAAAAGUAUUGAAUGGACAUGGCGACCCGCAUGGUGUUCUUUUUAGUAGGCAGAAAUUAAAAGAAUUUCAUAGGUAU